AUGUUUACUGAUAAACCUAUGGAUCAACAAGCUGAUGAUAUUUUUGAAGACGACGUUAAUGUCGAAGCUCUCGCAGCUGGGAUUGAGGUUGCAGAUAAAGAACAAUGGGGUGAAUGGAGGAAAAAGGGUGCAAUUGGGAAGUGUUACUGUUUUGCAACAUUGCUUCGAAAGAGUUCACGCAAAACACAGAACUUUGUCCGCCUUACAGGGAAACGAAUCCCUGUAGACAACGAUACUCGAUGGAACUCUUGGGAGAAGAUGUGUAGUGUCUUUAGAGACCCUAAAAUCAAGAGUGCGUAUAAACGAUGGUGGCAGUUGUAUCCUGAUGAUGCUCCAAGAGCUAUUGAGCUAUCUGAUGAAGAUUUUGAUACUCUUGAUAAGUUUCAAAAGAUGCUUGUUGUAUUGAAAAAUGCAACACAAUUCUCUGAAGGUAAUGAUGCUACUCUCAAUCGUGUUUUACCUACACUAGAGUACUUAUUAGAACACCUUGAGAAAGCAAAAGAUCAUCCACAUUGGAUUACUCGAGCAAAAGCUCGUGUAGAAGCUUACUGGCAAAUACGAUAUCGAGCUGAAGCUUUUGUACCCCUGUCGUCGUUUUCAUCAACAUCGAGCUCUGGUGAGAGUGAUAAUGUUUUAAUUGUACACUUAGAAUCAAAACGCGCAAAUCGACAGCCUGUUGACGAGUACGUCAAAUACCUAUCAAGCCCAGCUCUUGAUAAAGUUGGUGACAUUAGGAAGUGGUGGCUUGAAAGAACUCAACGGGAUCUAUACCCUAACCUCAGCAAAAUGGCACUUGAUAUUUUAUCAAUACCUAGCUCAUCGGCAGCGGCUGAGAGAGUUUUUAGUGGGGCAAAAAUCACUUGUGCUGAUAGACGAGGACGUUUAUCAGUUGAAUCCAUUGAAAGGUUGGAGUGUUUGAAGUCUUGGCUUGGUUUAGAGCAGUGGGUUGUAGAAGAUGAUAUUAAUGAGGUUCUAAUUUGA